AUGGCUGGCGCAGGAGAACUCCCGCCUGGAUUCGGUGGCAUGCCCGGCGGUAACGGCAUCCCCGGCGGAGGAGCGCCGUUCGACGUGGAAAAAAUCCGCCAAAUGCUCGAAGACCCUUCCAUAAAAGAAGCCGCAGAAGCGAUCGCUUCGGACCCUGCGUUUAAACAAAUGCAAGAGAACAUGGCUUCACAAAUCGCAAAGAUGCAACAAUCCGGCCAAGCGUUAGGCGCAGGACCAUCGUCUGCAGCUGAAUUGCAACAAAUGAUGAUGCAAGGCGGCGUUCCCGGUGGUGGGAUGAUGGGGCAAGGCGUGGACCCACAACAAGCGAUGCAAGCGAUGGAAGGCGUGAUGAAGAACCCGGCGUUCGCGCAGAUGGCGCAGAAAUUGGGCGAGCAAAUGAUGCAAGACCCGACGAUGCAAUCGAUGAUGAGCGAGAUGAAUAACCCGGAAACGACGAGAAAGAUGAAAGAGAAGAUGGAUAAGUUGAAAGAAGAUCCGGAGAUGGGACCGAUUAUGAAAGAUAUCGAACAAGGCGGACCGCAAGCGAUGAUGAAGUAUUGGAACGAUCCGGAGACGUUGAAGAAGAUCAACGAGGCGAUGGCGGAUGUCAUGCCUGGGAUGGGAGGGAUGAUGCCACCUGGGUUUGGAGGUGGUGGUGGCCACGCGGAUGUCGCCGAACAGAUGAAGAAUUUGAACGUAGAUAAUGAAGAAGAAGAGGAAGAAGAAGAGGACGAAGAGGACAGCGUGUUGACCGCGGCGAGCGCCGGCGACGUCGAGUUGUUGAAACAAUUGAUCGAAGAAAAGGAGGACGUGAACAAAAGCGACGGGGAAGGGCGAACGGCGUUGCACUUUGCCGCUGGGUACGGAGAAAUGGAGUGCUGCAAGAUGUUGAUUGAAGCCAAAGCAGACGCUUCAGCCAAGGAUAAGAAUAACAACACGCCGAUGCAUUACGCCGCCGGAUACGGGAGAGUAGAUAUCGUCGAGUUGUUGGUUGAAGCCGGUGGAAGCGUGACGACGAAGAAUGUGGACGGGAAGUCGCCGUUGGACGUGGCGAAACUGAACGACCAAGAAGACGUCGUCAAGGCGUUGGAGAAGGACGUUUUUCUUUAA